CCCGUGACGUCACGACGCUACAUUUCCAAACAAUGCUCAGGAAAAAGCCACGUUGACUAUCUGAGUGAAGAGUGGUCCUCAGUUUGAGGCAGAUCGAUUCCGAGAUUUCUUGGUUUGCGGCCCGGCAGCAGACUCCGCUUCAGGGCAGAGAUGUCGUCCCCGCCGAAGGAGAAAGUGGAGACCAAAGGAGGACACCUCCCCGCAGUUAAAGCAGGAGGUAUGAGGAUAGUGCAGAAACACCAGGCGCCUCCUCCCGUCGAACCUCCACAGAAAGAUGAGGACGAGGAGGAGUACGUCAGCAGCAGCCCGCCGAAGGCCCCUGUGAUUGUUUCUGGAGUGGUCACAAAGGGCGAUAAGGACUUCACGCCAGCAGCUGCUCAGGUAGCGCACCAGAAGCCCCAGCCUAGUGUUCCUAAGCUACCCCCUACUCAGCACAUCAACCAACACAUCCACCAACCCCGCAAGUGAGCCAGCCAAUCAGCCGGCUCCUCCGCUAUCUCCAUCAACCAGCCUUUUCCCAAUGGAACACACAGGAUGAAGAUGCGUUCUCAUCAGGCGCAGAUCUCUGCUUAAUAAUAACAGUAAUUUUUUGCUUGCUUGUUGCUUUUCGUGUUCGAGAAUUUUCGCCAGGAACCAAAUGAUAAAUGUCAGUACGACUGCUGUAGAAUAUCUGCUGUUGCUGCUGUGAUGCUGGAGUCCUAGAUCUACACCUUCAUGGCCUCUUCUCUACAGGGAUAUUUGUGGUCUUGAGUUGCUACAAAGGAGACAGAAACCUUGUUAGAACGGUUCUCCUUUAGGCAAGCACAUAUCUGACUGUCGCUGCUGGGUGAGUCCUCACCACAGCCAACCGAUCAUAAUCAACCUUACACGCCAUUUAAUCACUUUACAGUAUUGAACUCCUUUCUUUGUGGGAUUUCAGAGACCAAAUGUCAAAUACGAAAGAAUAUGAUUGAGAGCUAGCAGUCUUUAAAAGGGGAGAUUUGAGUCAGUCUUAUUAACAAGGUAGAGGUGUGUAUUCAGUCGGAGGGACAUGCAAAGUAAGACACAGAAAAACAUUCCAUUUUACUUGAUUUUCACACCAGAAAAAUAUUUUUUUAGUAGUAAAUAUUUUCAUUACAGACCAAAAAAAUCUAUAUUUAAGAACAUAAUUUGCUUUGUUGCAAUAAACUUCCAAGAAGGUUGUGGUAUAAUCUAAAGCAGUAGAGGCUAAUAUUACUUUGGGACCAUAGAGAUUCUGGUUAAUCAUAUUAUUUCCUUUUUUUUUUACUUUUAGUAAACCAAUAGAUAUACUUUCCUGUAAAAGUCAACACAUUUUGGGGUUAAAUCAGCCGGAAUGUUUCUUUGAAGUUUGUCUCAUUUACCGCUCACGGAUUUCAACCUGAUUUUCACUACAUAAUGAAGAGGCAACCACUGAUCUGAUGAAACCAGAGCCAACAACUUACUAAACCUGUGUCUACAUCAACAUUAGCCAGUAUGUCAGCACGUUUUGCAGGAGCGAUAUUAUAUUUUCACGACUGAACAUCACAGGAGUGCACCAGGAAAGGAGCUAAUCAGCCGAAACAUGGAGGUAAAAAUGUGCCCAUAUUAAAAAAAAAAAGCAGCAUUUUUCAUAAGGAAGUGCUUGAAGAAGGUUAACCGAUUUGUUUAUACAGAAUAAAACUGCAAAAAAUCACUACAGGACUCUAAAAUCCUGCCAAAGAAGAUAUAAAACACACCUUUACUUUCUUUAGCCAAACAAUCAGCUGUGGCAACACUAAUAGUUCUCCUGGAGGAAGAGAAGUAUCUUACCAUGAAGGAGUCAUUUCUUGUGUUCUAAUGAUUUUGUUCAUAAGGGUUUGUUUUUGUUCUGUUGGUUUUCUUGAAUAAAUCUUUCAAAAUGUAAAGAGAACAUUCUGUUAAUAGGUGGACUUGGGUAUUAGGUGUGGUUGUCAGUAAAUAAAGAUAUAAAUUAUCUUGAAAUUAAAAA